AUGGCCGACAACAACGACAACAAUAGCCAAAAGAGCGCAGCGGCUUCGCGCCUCGCCCAAGUCUCCAAUCACAUCUCUCCAUCCACCACCCCAAAUGCCCCAAACGACAAGAAACGCCGCAGCCGCCGCCAGCGCGAUCCCACCACCACCUCCCUCCCGGCAGACUACUCCGACAUCCUCAGCCAGCUCAACACGCUCCACACCAUCGCCCGCACGCCCGACCCUUCGCACCGCGGCUACUCGCGCCAAAAAGCCGCCGGCAAGCUCUGGGUGCGCGAGCGCAUCGCCCAGCUGCUCGACCCCUCCUCGCCUUUCCACGAAAUCGGCAGCGCGAGCGGCGACGUGACCUGGCACCAACCAGACCCCGUCUCCAACCCCCUCCACGAAACCCCCACCGCCUUCACCCCCUCCAACAACGUCUUCGGCAUCGGCACCCUCCUCAGCCCCAGCACCACCACCACCACCCGCCGGCGCAUCCUCCUCACCGCCGACGACUUCACCCUCCGCGCCGGCCACGCCGACGGCGCGCAAGCCGCGAAGAGCGUGUACGGCGAGAAGCUCGCAUUAUCUCUCCGCAUGCCGGUGGUCAAGCUGGUGGACGGGUCGAGCGGCGGGGGGUCGGUGUCGUCGAUCCGCACCGAAGGCUGGUCGUACGUGCCGCCGAUGAUGGGGUGGCGCGAGGUCGUGGCGCAGCUGAACGAAGGAAUCCCCAACGUCGGCGCCGUGCUGGGGCCCGCGAUCGGGCUGGGCGCGGCGAGGGUGACGGCGUGCCAUUUUAGCGUCAUGGCGGGGGAUGUGGGGGCGUUGUUUAAUGCUGGGCCGAAGGUUGUUGCUGGCGCGACGUUUGAGGAGGGGCUGAGUUUCAGAGACUUGGGCGGGCCGGCGGUGCAUUGUACCAAUGGCACGAUUGACAACUUGGCUGCGAAUGAGGCGGAAUGCUUCGAGCAGUUGAGGACGGUGCUGAGCUUCCUGCCGGACUCUGGGACUCAAGUGCCGCCGUUGCUUGCAAAUGACGAUCCGAGCGAUCGGACGUCGCCGGAGCUGCGUAGUAUGAUUCCACGGAAAAGAGAACGGAUGUACAACCCGAGGAAAAUCAUCACCACCGUGGUUGACAGAGGUGGACGGCCUGUCGGUAUCCUGUCUCUGAAUUGUGAAGUCAAUGCCGGUGCUCUAGAUGCUCUUGGGUCUCAGAAGAUCACCAGGCACCUCAAGUUCUGCGACGUCUUCAAUAUUCCUGUCGUACAGUUCGUCGAUAUCCCGGGCUAUGCCGUGGGCACCGUCGCGGAACGCACCGCAACGAUGCGUCACGGCAUCACCUUGGCGACGACCUACUACAGCACGUCCAUCCCCAUCUUCUCCGUCAUCGUACGCCGCGUCUAUGGCGUAGCCGGCGGUAUCAUGGUUGACUCUCGCGACCCGCACAUGCGCGUAGCAUGGCCCAGUGGUGAAUGGGGCAGUCUCCCUCUUGAUGGCGGCAUCGAAGCCUGUCAUUCUCAUGAGUUGAAGGAGAUUGGGAGGAAAGAAGGGAAAGACAAGAUGAAAGAGAGAUAUAAAGAGCUGGAACAAGAGUACAAGCGUUUGAUGAACCCGGUUCGGACUGCGAACGCGUUUGGAAUCGAGGAGAUCGUGGAUCCGGCUGUUACAAGGCCAGUGUUGGCCGAGUGGCUAAAGCAUGUGUAUGAGGUGCUACUGCCGUUGAGGAUACAGCAACGAAUUGCGGGGACGUUAAAACCGACGUUUUCAUGA